UGAAAGUAGCACCGAGUAAACUCCUCCUUCUCCGGUAGUUGGAGCGGGAAGUUACGAAACUGUAGAAAAAUAGUAACCGUGUGGUUUAUUUCACAUAAAAGACAACAGGGGAAUGAUAAGUGAGACCAUGUCCAGUAACGCAGAGGAGAGCAGCUCCUCUGCGCCCAGGUUUGGACAGUGUACCUACACAGCUGAGGAGUACCAGGCAGUGCACAGCGCACUGCGUCAGAGGCUGGGACCCGAGUACAUCAGUAGCAGAUUGGCUGGAGGAGGACAGAAGGUGUGCUACGUUGAAGGGCAUCGCGUCAUCACCCUGGCUAAUGAGAUGUUUGGAUACAACGGAUGGUCUCACUCCAUUUCUCAGCAGAACGUUGACUUUGUUGACCUCAUCAACGGGAAGUUUUAUGUCGGAGUCAGUGCCUUUAUCAAAGUGAUGCUCAAGGAUGGUUCAUAUCAUGAGGAUGUAGGCUAUGGAGUUAGUGAAGGACUGAAGUCUAAAGCUCUGUCACUGGAAAAGGCAAGAAAAGAAGCUGUCACUGAUGGCAUGAAGAGAGCACUGAAGUGCUUCGGUAACGCCCUUGGAAACUGCAUUCUGGAUAAGCAAUACCUCUUAGCCAUAAACAAGAUCCCCAAACAGCCUCCUCCUCCUGUUGACCCAGGCCAGACCAAGCGCACAGAGGGGGAACCCGCAGUGGAGAAGGCCCGGAUGUCCAGUCUGAUCAAAGAGGAAAAACGUGCAUCUGCUGUCAGUCUGGCCAGGAUACCGCUGGAGCCACGAGUCCUGCACCAGAACCACAAAAGUUCUGAAGUCCAUACUCCUAAGAGUGACCCUGCUCCUGACAGACCCGGCAUGGACUUGGUGGACGAUGUCGGGUCAGACCCCAAACAGCUGAGAAAGCUCCGGCAGCAGCAGCUGCAGCAGAAGUUCAGGAAAGAGAUGGAGGCCAAGAAGCUGCAGCAGGAACAGGAUCACACCACGUCUGAGGAGGCAGAGGCCGCUUCACGACCAGGAUGCAGUAGAGAUGAUGAAGGUGGACCAGCAAUGAGAGACGGCACUGACACUGAACCCAAGAACAAGGACGAGAAUUUAGCAGAUGAUCCUGAGAUGUGGAAUUUCACUCUGGAUGGGAUUGAGGACCUGGACGUCCCCACAGCUCGACCGCCGUCCACAGAGCUGAGGCCCAGCACUCCUGGGAAUCACCAGAUGCAGACACGCAGUAAGACUCCACAAAGACCUCCAGGCAGACCUCCUGACAAGGGUCCAGCACACAGCAGAGGACAGGACGGGAUUCAGUACUCGGCUCAGUACCAGCACCAGCACCAGCACCAGCACAAGGCAACACCAGGCACAGACAAUUCCUUUAGUCCAUACAGACAAGGACAGUACAUGAAGAAACGUCGACUGGACAGCUGAAGGCUUCUGCAAUUCAACCAUGUUUUUAUUUUUGUGUUCAUAUAGAUUUUAUAGUGUAUACGUUUUGCUUAUUUUUCAGUGAUAUGCUGCAGUUAUGUGGAUUUGUAAAUAAAAUAAAAUUGCCACAUUA